AUGUCUGUUUUAAGGCUGGCUCUUUGCGUAGCCGGCGUCUAUUCAAUGUUCCUAAUCUGGGGCGUUGCACAAGAACGACUUUCUACCCCGUUUCCUCAUAUUCAUGGUGGAGAACCAGAACGCUUCCGGUCCGUUCUUUUAAUGAAUACGGCCCAGAGUCUAGCCAGUGCUAUAUCAGCGCUCUUAUACAUAAUUAUUACUCGUAAAUCUGGCCAAACAUUCACCCAGAUGCUCGGACUCGGCUCCCAGACAUCUCUCCAGCAAAACGGUUCAGCCAAGUCUAACGGAGUUGCAAAAGCAAAUGGACACGCAUCUCCAAAGGUUGUGGAUGUCCCAAAACGCGUCUUGCUGGGGCGUUUCCUUCAAUGCGCUGUACUGAUUACCUGCGCUGCUCCUUUUGGCUUUGCUGCUCUUGGCCACAUUUCUUACCCCACCAUGGUCUUAGGGAAGUCUUGCAAACUCGUUCCUGUGAUGCUUAUGAACGUGGUGCUUUACCGACGCAAGUUUGCACCCUACAAGUACCUCGUGGUCGCGACCGUGACUGCCGGAAUCACCAUCUUCAUGUACAUGAGCAAUUCUCCCACCAAGCAUAAAGGCGCAGCCGAGUCGAGCUUGUUCGGGCUUUUCCUUUUACUCAUCAACCUACUCUUAGAUGGAGCUGUCAACUCUACUCAGGAUGAAAUCUUCAGCCGCUACAAGAUCUCAGGCCAACAAAUGAUGUUCUGGAUCAACACGUUCUCUACGCUCAUCACCACUUUCUUGAUGUUCGCACCCCUGCCUCAUAUCCCAACAAUUCAUCCCGGUCAGGGAGGUGUUGCCGAAUGGGCCUCCGCCAUAGACUAUAUACGCACCCACCCUCGUAGCUUUCAUCCGCUCGUUCAAUUCGCAUUUACUGGCGCUAUCGGCCAGCUAUUCAUCUUUGAAACUCUGCAACACUUUGGAUCACUUACACUAGUGACGAUCACAUUGACCCGUGCCUUUAUUGUGUUCGUGGGUAUCUCCAUUGAAGCUUGGGUAAAACGACAAGAGGUCCAUGCUAAGCGAGUGAUCGCUGAAAAAGAAAAGGCCAAGAUCAAGGACCUAUAG